AUGCUGCUGCGUCGUAUCUCGUUCGCCGCGGCCGCCGUCGCCAGCGCCAGCGCGCAAAUUCAACUUCGCUGGUCGACCGAUAUUGGAGGGAACGAGAAUGGAACCUAUGGCCCCGACGGGCCAUGGCAGGCGCCAAUCCUCAAGCUCAACGGCACUGAGAUGCCUCUUUGGCCGGGCGGCUCUAGUGUUUCUGAGAUCCUGACGAAAUCUGUGGGUGGAGAUUAUACGCCGCGCGCUGACACCGUCAAGACGGCAACGAUGAGAGCCUACACCGAUGGCUGGUUCGGCAGCGUCUUUAUGGAGGCGGGCUGGGCAGGAAUGGAGUACUGGGACAGCAUGGUGAUCGACUCGAGGUUAGGAACCAGUCACGAAAUCAAGGUUAACGCGACUUUGGUAGCCGCAACGUCGUGGAACAGCUCUACCACCUCAAACACGACUGCCUACACGCCGAAGGUCGGCACACUUGGACUCGGGCCAAGGAGUGAGAGAGAAGAUGACACGGCCCCGCCAGGAAUCCUCCAACAGCUCAAGGCCUCGAGCGACAUCGACAGGACCGCGUUCAGCGUGCAGAUGGGGAGUGCCGCUCUCGGUAUUCCUGGAUCCCUAGUGCUCGGUGGGUACGAGCAGAACAGGGCGCUCGGCCAGGUUGGCACUUUUGCACUUCAGGAUUCGACGCCGAUGAUGUUCCUUAGGGAUAUCAUCUUCGACUUUCAAAUACGAAACCAGUCUCUCUAUCCGAUCAAGUCGAACGUGAGCUUUUGGACGAAUCCCACAGACCUCGGCAUGCAAUACACCAAAUACGUUGGCGGCGCUGCUGGGUCGGCGGUCGUGGUCCCAAAUCCGGUUUCCCCAUACAUCUAUCUACCGCCCGGGAUCUGCGAAGCCAUAGCAGAGAAUCUUCACAUGACGUACCACAACAAGUCAGGGCUUUACCUCUGGGAAACUGACUUGAGUGCUCAACUAUUCGUCAACCAGUCAGCGUACCUCGGCUUCAUCCUGGCCGAUUCGAGCGCAACAAACAUGACCAUCAAAGUCCCCUUCCAGCUCCUCAACCUUACCUUAGAACCGCCUCUGGUCGAGCAGAAGGCCAGCUACUUCCCUUGCAAAUCCAUCAACUCAAGCUACGGCUUCUGGCAGCUGGGUCGCGCCUUUCUCCAAGCCGCAUUCCUCGCCGUCGACUACGAAUCCAAUGUCACCUACAUGGCGCAAGCCCCGGGCCCACGCAUGGAGCAGAGCAUCGUGAAGAAGUUCGACGGCUCCGCCAUCAGUACCAACCCGGCUGAGUCAUUUGUCACGACAUGGGGCGACGCUUGGGAUAAAGGACAAGUUCUCCAGAGCUUCGACACCGGCGAUAAGGGAUUGGCAGCCGGAGAAAAGAUUGGAAUCGCAGUCGGGGCGGAACCAAAGGUUCUGAAGGAAGGGAGCCAUCUCAGCGAGUUGGAUUCACGGUCGCCUCUCAGUGAGAUGGGGACGCCGUUGUCGCAUGAGAUUGAGUCCACGGAACGUCAUCCAGUCAGGCACGAAGCGCCGGACGACCACAUGGUAUACGAGAUGCCCGCGGAUUCCGAAAUGCAUAAGACACAAUAG